AAUCACGGGGGCAGUUCAACAAUCGAUUCCAAGCUCCAACUUAUCAGUCAACGGCUUUUACAAGUCAAUCAAGGCCCGUUUAUGCCUCUGGGACAAGUCGUCCACAACAAGAGAAAAAGAGACGCUAUUUUGACAAGCUUCCUCUGUCAUAUACUGAGGUGUUUCGACAAUUAGUAGAAGCAGGAAUUGUUACUCCAGUACCUAUGGUGUCGGUAAAACCACCAUUUCUAGCAUGGUACAACCCACAAGCAAGAUGUGAAUACCAUAGUGGAGGUGUUGGACAUGAUCUUGAAAAUUGUCUUGCUUUAAAGCACCGUGUCCAAGAUCUGAUAGAUGCAAAAGAGUUGCAGAUUGCAUCAGAACAAAAGGUUGUUGGUCCGAAUAUCACUAAAAACCCCCUACCAACACAUGAUAGUUCAACAGUCAAUAUGAUUGAGAAAGAUUUUGAGGAAGGUCAGGAGGUGGCUGCAGUUACUUUCACCAAUCAAGUUUCAUCAAAUCCUAGACAGCCUUUAAUAUUGAAGGGACCAACGCUUACAGUUCCACUCAAACAAGGUUGAUCUUAGAACUGUUACUGAUGAGGGCUUGAAUGAGUGAACAAUGGAGUUUUUCCCUAUUGCUAUCAUUUUGGAAUGAAAUGUGUCUAUCAUG